GGCUCGUGUGUUCAUUUUUACUGUAACAGAGGGACGCGACAAUCCCUCUGGAAUCCGGAAUUUCCAUUAGUAAAAGUUUCAUUUCCCCGUCAGGUGAACGCCCGCUCCCAUUUUCCGGAUUUGGUUUUCGUUUAGCUUUUGGUUUUGGCGAAGUCGCUGACACACCCACCCCCUUCCCAAGCUCUUUCUUUCCUAAUCACUCCCUGCCGUGGACAGUUUCAUUACGUCGCAAGAGUGAGUGGGAAUGGCAUAUACUAUUCAGAAGCGAAUCAGUUUCCAAAAGAAAACAAACGUGGUUAGACGUCCCAGGAGAAGAUAACGGUAGCAGCCGCCGCCCUGCUUAAGCAACACGCGGCAGCCACGAUCCCUUUCGUUUCUUCACCGGCCUCGCUGGACUUCGCUCAGCGCUUUAAGUUUCGAUUCUCCCCGGUGAAGUAAUGCUACCACGCCGCCCUCUUAUCCCCUCGUUGCUGCUCCUCCGACCCUGGUCUACCAUGGCGGUGCCUCCUGAACACGCUUCUCCAGUCCAGACUGGCUGGCCAGAGCGCUACUUCGUCGCGGAAUCCUCGGGCUCGGAUCUAGUCCACUUCACCUUGACCAGCGACAGGGAGCGCCCCGCCAACCGUGCGCGGCCCCGAUGCUUUUUGCCGCUUCCGGGAAGAUGCUAUUCCUUCUGCGUACCGGCCGCGCAAAGCCCCCGGCAGCGGGUCUGGGCUGCCAGGCUGCACAGAAAAUUGCAGCAAAGGCUGAGCCAGGAGCCUGUCGCGGCUGGGAGGAAAAUCCUAGCGCUCCUCUCUUACGGCCCCCAAGACGCUGCGCUGGAAAGAGGCUUCCUAGUGCAGGACGAGCAGCCGCUGCCGAAUACCGAGCGCUCCUUGGAGGAGCUGCUGCGUCUCGUGCUGCCGGCUCCGGCUCACCUUUCUGUAUACGAGGAGGCAAAAGACGGAGAGUUGUGGCAUGCGCUCUGGCGCCUGCAGGGGGCAGCAGAGGGUAAAGAGCUGGUUUGCAGAACGCGCGUGGUUGCCACGGAGGAACCGACGCUCCAUCCUGCCUGCCGUCAUCUUCUUGACACCGCUGUGUUCAGCUCUCUGGAAACUGCGCGCAGGGUCCUAGAGGAGUGUACUUCUCUAAUUCCUGAAGCUAAAGCUGUCCUUGAUCUGGUGGAUAAGUGCCCUCAGCAUCCAAAGAAAGGGGAUUUUCCUGUGAUGGUUAUUGAGGGACUGGAUGCAACAGGAAAAACGACAUUGACUCAGGCUUUGAAGGACUCACUGAAUGCCAUUCUCUUGAGGUCUCCUCCACCUUGUGUCAGUCAGUGGAGAAAGAUUUUUGAUGAUGAACCAACACUCAUUCGGAGAGCAUUUUAUGCUCUGACCAACUACAUACUUGCUUCUGAAAUAGCCAGAGAAUCUGCUAAGUCACCAGUGAUUGUAGACAGGUACUGGCACAGCACUGCUGCAUAUGCAAUUGCCACCGAAAUAAGCGGGAAAGUGCAGAAUCUCCCUCCACUUCAUCACCAAGUAUACCACUGGCCUGAAGACCUUCUAAAACCAGAUAUUGUCAUACUGCUAACUGUUAGUCCCAAGGAAAGAAUCCGGAGACUGCUGGGACGAGGGAUGAAGAAAACAAGGGAGGAGACUGAGCUGGAAGCUAAUCGUUUUUUCCGUCAAAAAGUUGAAGAGUCUUACAGAAGGAUGGAGAAUCCUGCAUGUCAACCAGUAGACGCCAGGCCCUCCAGAGAAGAGGUGCUCAAAGCUGUUCUACAUCUGAUUAAAAAUCAGUGUCAUUUACUAUAGUUGAUUGUAGUAAUGCCAAUACUCUUCAGCAUAAAAAUGUCACUCCAAAAUUCCCGGCAAAUAAAUGUUAGGUGGGAGCUUUAAUAUCUUAGUUUUCUCAAAGAAUGAGAAGCAUAUUGCUUUAUGUGGGAAUGAUGCCACUUUGUUGUGGAUUUGCAAAAAAGUCCUGUGAAUUAAAGUUUACUGAAGAGUGUGACACCCCUUCCCUGGCUCUCCCUGUCAGGUUCCUACCUGCGCGUGGCUACUGCCUGUCACUAGGCACCACCAGGGACUCCACCAGUCCGGACUGUCCUUUUUUAUUUUUUCUCUCCCCGCUCUAGCACAGAUCUCAACAGAUCCCCCUGCUAGGCAACCACCAGUCACGUCCUAAUACUAGUAUUCCCAGAGACUCUGAAUACUGGUAUUGUUAUUCUCUUCACCGCUGCCACCAUUUGUUACAGUUUCCCUUCAGCCUUGGUCAUUACCUUACCCUCCCUUCUGGUCUGUGAAACCCCAGCCAAGGAUCAGGCCUUUGGUAAACCAAAUUAAGUAUUUAUUAAAGAUAACAAAGCUAACAAGAUUAACAAGAUUUCUUCUUAAGGCACAUAAGCAUAUGGUUUUACUCAAUACUAAUCCGAACUCCACCCCCCUCCUUCUCCACUCUCUCCUGGCAAACAACUCUCUAAACCCCACCAAACAACCCACUCAGUUUCACCUCAUCCACCCAGAUUCCACUCUCACUCUUCCUUUUAUACGUUCAGCCAUUUUAAACACUCAGCCAAUCAUCUAGCAUUCUACUGCCCAUUCACUCCCCCUCCUCUUUCACUCCACUUACCAUGUAUCUUCUAAACAACCAACACUUACCAUAUAUACAUUAAUAUAGGAACAUCACAAAGAUCACCAAGCAUUUGUAACAGAAAUCUCAGUGGGAAAGAGGUAAGCAGGAGCCUGUGUUUUGGGAAAAGACUUUGUCUCCCUCCCCCUCAGUUUCCACAGUUUUUCAGGGGACUGCUGGGUACAAUGAAAAUAUCCACUCAUUCACUUGGGAGGGCACUGCCUCCUGCCUCACAUUGAUUUGGCUUUGUGACAAUGUCACAUAGCCAAACCAUAUUGGAUGCUUAAUUGCAUGAAUUCAUCACGCUGCCUACAACGUGAUUCCUCAAUGGCUAGCCCUUUUAAUAAAUAUGUGGAGCUGAAACUGGUUUAGGGAAAGCAGCAGCUGUGAAAAGAAGCAAACAGUACACAAAAAAGGUAAAAUGGGUGGUGAUCAUGAAGUCCUCCCCUCCCUAAUCCACUCCUUUCACCUUGGAAAUGUCCACAGGCAGCAGUUUGGCACAGUCCUAAUUCUCAUAAUUCUCAUGAAACUUCAGGUACAAUUCUUUGCUGGUAAGCUAUGACCAUUAAACCACUAUAAGGCUAAUAUGCAUUUUUUUAGGGUCAAUAUGCCCAGUGAGUCAUAGUCUGUAAAAAUGUGAAAUGAUCUGUGCACUGAUUAUGGAUAGAAUUCUGCACAUUGGGCAGAACAGAACAGGCUGUGUGAGUCCUCCUAUGCCACACAGUUACUUUUCUAAGGCUUAUGAAGUAACAUGGCUCCACUACGUUUUUGGCACAUUUAAGUGGCAGCAGGAAGAGGUGUAGCUCAGCUUUAAAAAAGAAGCAUCAGCAAACACCAAUGUUUAUGGGUAGCCUGCUGGGUUGGGAUUCGUUGUCAGCACUAGAUUACCAUGAAGUAGAUUUUAAUUUUGACCUAUUGCCAAUUAUUUUGAGUUGCUGAUUAUAAAGAGUUUUGCCUCUAAGUAAACUGUAGGAUGGAAAGAAAUCCAGUGGGUUUGACCUGGGAUCUCUAAAUACUAUUCACUGAAGAAGGCCAACUGGUUUAAUAUUUUCUUUUCCUUUCUUGCUGCUUCUUUUUUGACCUGCUGAAUAUGUAGCUAUCUUGCAUUGCAACAGGAGUAAAAUAUCUUACAUGAAUUAAAUUUUUUAUUUCUCUUUCAAAAUA